GGAACCUGACGACAUCGUCGAGGAAACCGAAAACGCGGGUGCCCAGGCCGAUGCAGGGCAACAGGCCCUGGUCUGCCUGAAGAAGGCUGCUCAGCCUCUCUCAGUGGUGGAGGAGGAGAUCCCCUCCGACACCCUGCUGGAUGCUGAUGGGGUGGUGGGGAAGGGCGAAAAGGAGGCCACUGGCAGGAGGCGUCAGACUCUCAUCAUCACAAUCCACUUGGUGAAGAGAGAGAAGGUCCACAAGCCAGUGGAUGAUACAACAGUCGCACAAAAAGACUGCACGCAAUUGGAGAGCCAUGGCAAGAGGGUUCAAACUCUCGUAAUUACUCUGCACAUGGUCAAGAGAGAGAAAAUAAAGGAGGUAUACGAUGAGCUCCCCUCCGGGCACCGAGGCACGGCUGGGGACGCUCCUUCCAGCAGGAGCAAGGCCGUUACCGGCCCACCGGAAAAGAUGCCCCUUAUCAGCAGCUUCAAACAGCGGGAUGCAUCUCAAACCCCGGUCAAGAAAACUACCAGGUUCAACUUCCAAAACCUGAACACUUUCGUCAAAAUUCGUGAGCUGUACUGUGCCUACGACUACUGCAAGUAUGGCUUCCCUCUCUCCAGCAUUCGUCCUGAGCUGAAAAGCCUAAAGGAGAGAGCAGUGGAGCCACAGGAAGAGCCACCAAAGGAAGCAGAAAACAAACUACCAGAGGCUCAGAAAACAGUAACAGAGGAAGCAACAGAUUCAGCCAACAAAAUCAAUGAGCCACAACACCUCACAGGGAUCCUCAAGAAAGGAAAGACGGCCAGCACCGCUCAUAAAUGUGUGCGCUUUAACUUCCAGAACCUGAACACUUUCGUCAAGGAUCGUGAGCUGUACUGUGGCUACGACUACUUCAGGUAUGGCUUCCCUCUCUACAGCAUUCGUCCUGAGCUGGACAGGCGAAAGGAGAGAACAGUGAAGCCACAGAAAGGGCCAGCAAAGGACGCGGUAAAGAAACACAACACACGACACCAGCAAACAGUUGGAGCAGCUCGCUGUGCACAAAUGAAUACCACUACUGAAGGGAAGUCUCCUAAAGGUAUCCUGAAGAAAGAAAAGAUGCCACGGUCCACCUGUCCAAGACAUGUGCCCUUCAACCUUGGUAACCACCGCGCCCCCGUCAAGGAACGUGAGGUGUACCGUGGCCACGACACCUUCAGAUAUGCCGCGCCGCUCCAAGUCACUCAGCCUCCCAACUUUACCUCGAGGCCUCACCAGCAGCCCGUUAGAUCCGCCUCUAACUCGCUGCGUGGCGCACCUCGGCACCUCGAGAGGCCGGCACAGCGGAGGAACGACUCCUUCCAGCAAAACAGUGGCUGGUAUGCUGCACACAACUACACCAACAGCCGCCACUCACAGCAACGCCAGCACAACGCCAGCAGCCACGUCCCGCCAAGAUACGAAACAAGGCAUUUCUACGAGGGACAGACACAUCGGGGCACCAACUCCCGCAGCAGAAGUCGUGCCAAGAGAGGCGCAAAGCCGAGUGGUGGCGAGUUUCUGUGAGCACCGGGCGAGUACACAGCGUCGUGAUCAAACUCAAAUGUUCAGCGUUGUACAGGUGACGUACAUUCCGGGUGCAUUUCUCAACACCCGCUGAACAGUAACUGUCGCUGACUGGUGAUAACAGAGACUGAGGAGUGCCAAGAAGCACCACAAUCACACUGAGAGGAACGGCUCGCCAGCUGACUAAAAUCACCAUGCAGAGGAACGCAUCCCAUGGAACGGUGCCACUUCUGCGGAACAAAUUGUUCAAGAGUGUCGCAUCUGUGGGGAGUGUUUGGACGCAUGUGUGUGCUUACAUUUCUUAUCUUAUAUUUCAAAUGAAAAAAUAGAAAAUAUUGUCUUACAAAAACCUUAGGCAGGGAUAGUGGGGUCGUGUUGCACCUCAGAACAAGAAACGUUAUGUAAGGAGUUGUCUGAACGACCACCUGUUUUAAAACUAUAUUUAAAUGAAAGGUAUUAGAAUGCUCUUGCCAGUAUGCUUCAGCUCAGUGUGAUGACCUGAGUUUUAUUUUGUCUCUCAUUCUCUGCGGAAUGAUUAUAGCUUCCAGGUCUGAGACGCGUGCCCAGAGCGUGACGGAGGUGAGAUCGGGAUGGAGCCACACAUUCCGCGUUAUUCAUUUAUCGUGGCAAAACUCCCUGGUUCAGUCACGCUUGUUCGCGUGCUAUCAACGAUUGAGGCAGCUCACAGAAGGUGCAGGAGCCCUAGAACUUUUGCUAAAAAUGGUCUUCACAUUUAUGCCAAGAAUCGUGCCAAAUUUGUUCUCCGACUUGCCAAUAACUCCUUCAUCAAUAAAUAAAAAUGUCAAAAUUUUGCUAACAAAAUUGU